AUGGUCUCCAGAAAUAUUGAUUGUCUUCAGGACCAGAUCCCACCACAGAAUGGGACAGUUCCACAGCUAAUGCCACCCAUGGUCACAAUCAAGCAAGGGCAAAUAAAAGGUUUCAAUGUUGAAGAUUUCCUGGGAGGAUUCCUACAGGUUUUCUUGGGAAUACCUUAUGCAUCCCCUCCAGUUGGAGAUCUCCGUUUCAAGCCACCUGAGGAUGCCAGUUCAUGGAGUGGGACAAUGGAUGCAACACAGCUAAAAGCUGCUUGUCCUCAGUCUCUCAGUGAGUUACCAAGGAGAAUCAACUACACAAGUGAAGACUGCCUCUACCUAAAUGUCUAUGCACCAAUCAGGACAGGCAAUAGUACUCUGUCUCUCCCAGUGAUGGUUUACAUUCACCAUGGUUCCCUGCAAUCAGGAGCGGCUGGGAUCUAUGACAUGAAGAACCUUGCAGCCUAUGGACAGGUUGUGGUGGUGGAGUUCAACUACCGCCUUGGACCGCUUGGCUUUCUUAGCACGCUGGAUGUGAAUGCUCCUGGCAACGUCGGUUUCUUGGACAUGUGCAAAGGGCUUCAGUGGAUAAGAGACAACAUCCAGAGUUUUGGGGGAGAUCCCAACAGUGUUACAUUAUUUGGUCAUGGGGCUGGAGGAUUAGCAGUGAAUUAUCUUCUACUGUCACCCCUAACCAGAGGUCUCUUCCAUAAAGCUAUCUCCAGUAGUGGCAACGCCUUGGUAACGGGUUCCAUUGCAAAGCCUGGUGACUAUUACUCUGACCCUCUUGUUGCUACUCAAGAACUGGCCAAAGCACUAGAUUGUCCAGUUGAUAAUAAUGUAAAGAUGGUGGGCUGUCUCCGAACAAAACCAGCGGAAUCUCUUCUUGAUGCUCCUGUGCCUAGGUCAAAAUAUGGAGUAAAGUUCCCUCCUGUCAUUGAUGGAGUUUUCUUACAGGAGCCACCUUGGGACUCACUUCUCAAAGGAAACUACAUGGAAGUUCCUUAUAUAAUAGGACUUACCAAUGAUGAGGAAGGAGCUGAGCUCGCUAAUCUUUUGGGUAAUGAUAACGGAAUUGCCACAGAGACUUAUCAUAAGAUGGUGCUGGAAUAUGCUAGUGCUCAUUUUCGAUAUAAUCCAGGUCAGAUUGCAGAUGUCAUUGGCUAUUCUUACAGAGACUUCAGCCAUCCAAAUGACCCAAAAGCACUCAGAAAUGGGUUCAGAGACCUGGUUCAGGACCAUAAGUGGUUAGCACCAAGUUACCAAUUAGCAGACCAACAUUCAACCAGGGCAGAUACCUUUCUGUACAUCUACAGCCAUCCUGCCUCCUCCUCUGGGAAUUCUUCAUGGAUUGGAGCUUCUCAUUUGGAUGAUUUGCUUUACCUGUUUGGAGAUCCGGUUGCCAAAAAUCCAACGCAAGAAUACAAUGAAAUGGAGAAACAAAUGUCUCUCAGGCUCAUGGCUUAUUGGACAAAUUUCGCACACAAUGGUAACCCAAACAGAGGACCACACAGGAUAUCAAGCUGGCCUAAAUACACAGUCACCAACAGAGAAUUUGUGAACUUCACUGCAGACACAUCAGAUUGGACAGGCAAUUCUUACCGGGGUCAACAGACUGCCUUUUGGAACAGAAUUGCCCUCAAGAUGCAAUCUGUAGAAUGGUGUAAUGAAAAUGGACCGACACCUUUACCUGUGAAUACUACAGCCACUGUCAGACCAACCACCACACAGUCUCCAGAGCUAUGUAAUGGGUUUACACAAGAUAUUCUGUCAAUGAAUCUGACUGCUGAAGAAAUAAUCACUGCAUUUUAUGUUGCCUUUGCUCUCUUAUUUGUUGAGGCCUUCUUGAUUUUAGGAUUGCUGUACAAAUUGUACAUGCAACAGAAAAAGUUAAGGAAAUUACAAGGUCUGCUAGUUCCAUCUGAUGUACCUUUAAAGGGAAUUAUUGAUGAAAAUAAACAUCAUACUAAAUUUUGA